GGAUUUAAACUGUUUUACAGAGAAAAGGGCUUUGCAGGGUGUUAUUCCUUCUUGAAUAUUACCAGUGGAUCGACAAUAAGCAGACUUGUGACUGGGCUCGAAAAGUACACGGAAUAUGAAUUUCAAGUUCUGGCAUAUACUUCUGAUGGUGAUGGACCAAAGAGCCCUGUUAUGGUUGAGAAAACACAGGGAGAUGGAGGUUGUUUUCAGUAUGAUCUUGGAAUGGAAGGUAGAAACAUACCAGACAGUAGGAUAACUGCUUCUUCUUCCACCACACCAGCCGAGAAUGGUCGACUAAACUACGCACUGGGAGCAUCAUGGUGUGCAGGAACAAAUGACACUAGCCCAUAUCUACAGGUUGAUCUACAGACGCUUCAUAUCAUCUGUGCUGUUUCCACUCAAGGGAAUUCUCAAGCAGAUCAGUGGGUGAAGAACUACACACUAAAAAUAUCCACAGAUAAGAAAGCUUGGACAGACUAUAAGGAAGGUGGACGAGUCAAGGUAUAAAGGAAAUACAGUAUGAGGCAUAACUGCUAAAAAAAAUCUCCGUCUAAAUUUAGAAAAUUAGUAGUGGAACCCUUUUAAACCGGACACCCUUGGGACCGGAGGAAAUGUCCGCUUUAGAGGAUGUCCAGUGUACUGAGUUUUUACCCAGAAGGCAAUUUUAUGCCGCGUAGUGUAUUGUCUGACUGUAAGUACCAGUACAUGGUUUUCGAGUACCAAUAACAUGAGGGGACGCAAAUCGUCUGCACUGCAAGUACCCCGGAAAGUCCCAUACAUUUUCUUAGACUAAAAGUCUAAGAAAAUGUAUGGGGCUUUUUGAGCGCUCCAGGCAGCUUUCCUGUAAGGCGUCAUAAUCUUG